UUCAAAAUGGUCGUCUUCAUGUUUGUAUUUGUGAAUUUCUUCACAAAUGAAAUGAUUUUCAAGACAACAUCACCUUGAAUGUCUGUUCUUAUACAAUAAAGCAAUGUACAUUGAUAUAGGUUGCAAACAUGCCAUUUAAUCGUGUAAUUUUAAAGCUAGGGAAACAUAUAAACAGUGGAUUAGUGUCUGGCUGUCAUUCUGGUUAUUGUAAACAGCUGUGCACUAUAGUUGGAAAUGAAGAAAAAUUUGGAAAACUUAACUAUCCAAUGUUCAAACCCAAUAGGGUAGUGAUUCUGUCUAGAAUUACUCGAUACGAGUUUGAAAAACUUAUGUACAAAGAUGCUACAGAAGAACAGUUCAAACAAACGCUCAAAAGGAAGCGGUCUGACUAUCGGAAUAUGUUGGAGAGGCAUAAAAAGCAUUACAAUUGCUUGGAAAAAAUGACUAACUUGUUAAGAUCGAAGGGCAUUGAAACCAAAGUAGUAAAGCGGCCCCAGUUCACUAGUGAAGUUCUGGAUUGGGCAGAUGCAGUUAUUACAGCAGGUGGUGAUGGCACAUUCCUUGAUGCAGCCUCCAAGAUUCUCAACAUUGAUACGCCAAUAAUUGGCGUCAACACAGACCCCACCAGGUCAGAGGGCAGACUAUGUCUACCUAAAGAGGAAUAUUCAGCUUUGAACUUUGACAGAGUUUUAGAGCGGUUACUCAGUGGGGAUUUUAAAUGGAAAUGGCGACAGAGAAUUCGGAUAACAAUGUCAGGUUACCAUGCCUACGACGAGCCUAUUGAGCUGUCCAAUCAGCAACUCCAGAAUCUCGAGCAUCGCUACACUGAGCAUGUGCAGGAAAAUGAGAUGUUCUCACGUCCUCUCUCCGAGAAAGGGGUCAAAAAAGAGAGGGUAUUGCCGGUCAGGGCCCUUAAUGAGGUGUUCUUUGGGGAAUGUCUUUCAUCAAGGGUAUCCUACUAUGAGUUGAGUAUUGACAACAUGCCAGGGGUCAAACAGAAGAGUUCAGGGGUGACUGUGUGCACAGGUACGGGCUCUACAUCAUGGCAUUGCAGUAUCAACGAGCUCACCCCAGAAGCUGUGAGGGACAUACUGAAUAUAGCAAAUAAGGAGUGUUCUGCAAGUCUACCCACCUACGACAACCAUUUCGUGGAGGCGGUUACUCAGAAGUUCAAUGACUCCAUCGUGUUUGACCCCAGUGAACUGUCCAUGGGAUACUCUGUCAGGGACCCAAUCAAAAAUGGUGUGUUUCAAGUCCCGUCUCCUAGAGGCAUGGCAAAGAGAAAAACUGAUGAUGCCACUGCAACCAAAAACAUAAAGACAGGAAAAACUUUUAAUAAACAAAAGGGGGAACUUUUGGUCAUCACAGUGACAGUAAGUGUUCUUGUUAACCCUGUCCCACUUAGAAGUAAAGUGAAAAUGGCUAUUUUCAAACAGCAUAAAACCAGAACAGCCUGCGAGUAACUUGCAGUCUGUUCAGGUUUUAUGCUGUUUGCUGCUCAUCAUUAUCUAAGGGCUGGAAUGAAGCUUUUAAAACUCGAAUCUAGUAAGAAAGGUCUUUAAUUAAAUUUAACUUUCUAAGGGACUACAAAUGCCUCAAAAUACCUGUAUAAGUGGUAAAGGGUUAAAGCAUGUGAACAUAGGACCAUCUUAGCUUCAAUUGGUUUGAUACUAAUGAGAACAGCCUUGUGUGUAAAUUAUAUUCUUUUGUUUUUUUAACCAGGUUUUCCGAAGGAAAAAACUGGUUAUUAGAUUGGCGAAUGUCGGUGGGCGGCCGGAACAAGCUUGUCCGGGCUUGUCAUUCAUUGUGAGAUUUUAAAAUCAUUUGGCUCAUUUGAAAACUUUAAUGGCCAUAACUUUUUCAAUAUUGAACAUAGCAACUUAAUAUUUGGCAUACAUGUGCAUCUCAUGGAGCUGCACAUUUUCAGUGGUGAAAGGUGAAGGUGAAGGUCAUCCUUCAAGGUCAAAUGUCAAAUAUAUGGCGUCUGUCUGUCCGUCCGAAAACUUAAACAUUGGCCAUAACUUUUUCAAUAUUCAAGAUAGCAACUUGAUAUUUGGCAUGCAUGUGUAUCUCAUGGAGCUAAACAUUUUGACUGGUGAAAGGUCAAGGUCAUCCUUCAAGGUCAAAUGUCAAAUAUAUGGCGUCUGUCCGUCCGUCCGAAAACUUUAACAUUGGCCAUAACUUUUUGAAUAUUGAAGAUAGCAACUUGAUAUUUGGCAUGCAUGUGUUUUCAUGGAGCUGCACAUUUUGAGUGGUGAAAGGUGAAGGUCAAGGUCGUCCUUCAAGGUCAAAUGUCAAAUAUAUGGUGUCUGUCUGUCCGUCUGAAAACUUUAACAUUGGCCAUAACUUUUUCAAUAUUUGAAGAUAGCAACUUGAUAUUUUGCAUGCAUGUGUAUCUCAUUGAGCUGCACAUUUUGAGUAGUGAAAGGUGAAGGUCAAAUGUCAAAUAUAUGGCGUCUGUCCGUCCGUCUGAAAACUUUAACAUUGGCCACCACUUUUUCAAUAUUGAAGAUAGCAACUUGAUUUGGCAUUCAUGUGUAUCUCAUGGAGCUGCAAAUUUUGAAAGGUUAAAGGUCAAGGUCAUCCUUCAAGGUCAAAGGUUAAAUAUAUGGCAUCUGUCCAUCCGUCCGAAAACUUUAACUUUCACCAUAACUUUUUUAUGCCCCUGAAGGGUGGCAUAUAGUUUUUGAACUGUCUGUCUGUCUGUUCUAAAGUCAGUCUGUCCGUUCGUUCGUCCGUCCGUCUGUACGUCCGUCCGUGAUCAAAAACUUUAACAUUGCCUAUAACUUUUGCAAUAUUGUAAAAUAGCAACUUGAUAUUUGGCAUGCAUGUGUAUCUCAUGGAGCUGCACAUUUUCAGUGGUGAAAGGUUAAGGUCAAGGUCAUCUUUCAAAGUGAAAGGUCAAGGUCAAAGGUCACAUUUUGCAAUAUUGAAGAUAGUAACUUGAUAUUUGAGGUGCAUGUGUAUCUCAUGGAGCUGCACAUUUUGAGUGGUGAAAGGUCAAGGUAAUCCUUCAAGGUCAAGGUCAAAGGUCAUAUUUUGCAAUAUUGAAGAUAGCAUUAGCAUUAUGAUAUUUGGCAUGCAUGCAUAUCUCAUGGAGCUGCACAUUUUGAGUGGUGGAAGGUCAAGGUCAUCCUUCAAGGUCAAAGGUCACAUUUUGCAAUAUUGAAGAUA